AUGAGUUCGUCAUCCUCGACCUCGUCGUGCCUCGAAAAUGACGCCAGGUCAGACUCGUCGAAGCUACAGCGCCCGAAGCUGGGCAGCAGGAAGUCCAGCGGCACCAUCAUAAUACCGCGCGACAGCCCGCACGUUGAGCUAAAAGAGGAGGAGUACGACGAGAGCGAUGCGCGGACCAUGAGCCCGCGAAGGAGUAGCGAAGAGAUCGAGAAGAUGGGCCAGGAGGCACGACAGGCCUUGAUUGAACAAGCCAAGGCUCUCCAGGCCAGCCUGCUCGAGAUCGUAGACCGUGUCGAGGUUGUCCGGUCUGAACACGAGAAGUUGGAAGGCGGUAACAAAUUCCUACAAUCAUAUAUCGGAGAGCUCAUGCAGACAAGCAAAAUCACGUCGAGCGGAGCGGCGAAAAGCAAAGGCAAAGGAAAAGGCCGCAUUGGUGCAAAAUGA